UCACCGCAGCUGAGCGUCGCCGCCGGGUCAUCGCCGUCUACUCGUCCUCGCCAUCGAGCUCACCCCUCGUCAUCAGCCACGCCUCCGACGGCAUUCGAGCUCAGCCCUCAGGUUCAUCGCCGCCUCCGGAGAUCGAUCAAGCCCUCGACGUCAUCCUCGCCAUCACCUCCCCCCUCCUCUCCACCUCACGAAAUCGCCGCAGCCUGCGCUUGCCGUCCCCGCUCAGUGUUGCCGCCGGCUCAUCGCACUUCGCCGCUGUCGAGCUCGCCUCCACCGAGGUAAGGCAUCAGGUCUAAAUUAACGUGUUAGUUCUAACUGAAAUGCAUGUUAGCUAGCUCUAAAUUAACGUGUUAGUUUUAACUGAAAUGCAUGUUAAUGCUACCGGGAUGCAUGUUAGCUCUAAUGGAGAUGAUGUUAGUUCUAUUACGAGGCAUGUUAGUUCUAGUUGGCGUUCCUGUUAGAUCUAGUGGAUUUCAUGAUGGUUCUAUCUUCCCUCAUGCAUAUUCCUUGGAUCUAUCUUCUUCCUUUUAAUUUCAGCUCAUACAUUACUUGGUUUGCAGCACUCACUCUAUGGCUACGAGCCGGAUAAUUUAGAGCUAUUUUUGCCAUGUAUUGUUAAAUUGGAUAUAAACUUUAAAUUUGGUUUAAACUAUCGUUUAGAAAUUGUUUAGUGAAAUUGAAAGAUCAACUUGAUGACGUUUUUUGAGCGAUUUUGAACUUCUUAUAUGUGAUAAUUUGAUAGCUUGUAUAGACACUCCACCAAUUCUCUCACGUGAGGCAACAAUGGAAGAAGAUAAAAGCCAGGACCAUGAUCUACUAUCUACAACAUGGCUUCCCCCUCAGGCAUCCGAGCAUGAGGAGAAUGGUGAUGAGCUUAUGGGCGUUGAAAAUGGUGAAGAUAAUUUAAACAGCGUUGAUCCAUAUAUCGGAAUGGAGUUCUCUACUCAUGAGGAAGCUUAUAAUUUCUACAAUGCAUACGCCAGACUUAAGGGAUUUGGUGUUCGCAAGGGUCACACAGCUUGGUCGAGAAAGAAAGAUGCAAUCCUAUCUAGAAUAUUUGUAUGUGACAAAGAAGGCUUUAAAUCUUUAAAAGAUAAAAGAGAAGAUGGUCGGAAUGUAAUUCGAAAGUUCGAUACAAGAUGUGGAUGCAACGCAAGGAUGGUUAUUGGACUUGAUAGAAGCACUGAAAAAUGGGUGGUCCGAAAGUUAAACAGUAAGCAUAAUGGUCAUCCAUUAACCACCCCAACUCGGGUAAAGAAGCACUACUCACAUCGGACACUUCAUCGAGCUCAAUCGACAAAAAGGUUGAUAGAUACUCUUGACAAUCAAGGUUUACGGCCUUCUGCCAUUUGUAAGGUUGUAGACGUUGCUCAUGGCAAUGAACAAGGCUCUCUCACUCAACAAGAAUGCCAAGCACAACUUAGACUUAAACGAAGAAACAACGUCGGCCAUGAGUGCGUGAACAUAGUUCGUCAAUUUCAAGAGAAAAAGGUAUCUGAUCCUCAAUUUUACUUCGCACUUGAUUUAGAAAAUGAUGGGACGAUGAGAAGUGUUUUUUGGAUGGAUGGUAGGUCGAGGACUUCUUACUUGCAAUUUGGAGAUGUUGUUUGCUUUGAUGUUACAUAUAGAACGAACAAUUUAAAAUUGCCGUUUGCACCAUUUACGGGCGUUAACCAUCAUCGACAGUCUACUCUAUUUGGGUGUGCGUUACUGGCCGAUGAAACGGAGGAGACGUUUAUAUGGUUAUUUAGCCAAUGGUUAAAAUGUAUGUCGGGUAUAGCACCAGUAACAAUCAUCACUGAUCAAGAUAAAGCUAUGUGUGGUGCUAUUCACAAAGUUUUUCCUAAAACUCGCCAUCGCUUUUGUUCUUGGCACCUUCGUAGGAAUGCCUUACAAAAUCUUCAAUCAAUGCAUAAUGAUUAUGGUGAGGAUGUUGGUGUAAAGUAUAACAAAUGGUAUUGGAGUAAAUCGGAAGAAAAAUUUGAAAAGCGUUGGGAAGAAAUGAGGGACAAAUAUGGUGCAGAUAAAAGGAGUUGGUUAGUAAAUUUAUACAAUCAUCGAGAUCAUUGGGCUCCAGUGUAUCUUAAAGACACUUUUACUGCAGGAAUGACAUCUACUCAGCGGAGUGAGGGAAUUAAUGCUUUUUUUGAUCAUUUUGUGAAUGUAAAUACCGAGUUACAUGAUUUUGUUAAGCAGUAUGAUAAUGCUGUCAGAGCUCGCCGAGCCGCUGAACUUGAGCAAGAUUUUAAGUCCACAAACUCUGUUCCUACAUUGAUAAUUGAACAUCCCAUUGAAAAACAAGCUAGGGAGAAUUAUACAAAGAAUAUGUUUAAUAUCUUUCAGAAAGAACUUAAGGAUAGUUACUCCAUGCUUCAUGAGAGGUUGUCGAAGGAUGGCGCAAGUGCUACUUAUGCCGUUUGGAAUAUAGAUCGCGAGGCUGAGAGGAAAAAGACGGUAAAGCAUCAUGUUGUUUUCGAUGCAUCCAAAGAUAAAAGAAUUAAGUGCUCUUGUGCGAAAUUUGAGAUGGAAGACUCAUUUUUUGAAGAAGUUGAGAAUUCCAAGAUUGAGAAGGAACAUAACGACAAUGGAAAUGAGAGCAAUGCCAGCAAUAAGAUGCCUACUUCAUCCAUACCCAUCUCUAUAGAGGAAGCAACUCAAAUCACUAUUCGUGAUCCAGAUAAGCCUAUUGCCACGAAGGGACGACCAACACAAGCUACCAGAAUUAAGUCCGGAAUUGAGAUAGCACAAGAAAAGACUUGUAUGGACACGCCAACAAUUCUCUCACGUGAUACAACAAUAGUUAAAGAUGAAAACAAAUAUACAGCCCUUGACCUUGAAGGCGAGGACCAUGGUUUACUAUCUACGACAAGUUUUUUCUCUCAGGCAUCCGAGCAUGAGCAGAAUGUUGAUGAGCCUAUUGGCGUUGAAAAUGGUGAAGGUAAUUUUGUUGUUGAUCCAUAUAUUGGAAUGGAGUUCUCUACUCAUGAGGAAGCUUAUAAUUUCUACAAUGCAUACGCCAGACUAAAGGGAUUUGGUAUUCGCAAGGGUCACACAACUUGGUCGAGAAAGAAAGAUGCAAUCAUAUCUAGAAUAUAUGUAUGUGACAAGGAAGGAUUUAAAUUUUUAAAAGAUAAAAGAGAAGAAGGGCGGAAUGUAAUUCGAAAGUUCGAUACAAGAUGUGGAUGCAACGCAAGGAUGGUUAUUGGACUUGAUAGAAGCACUGAAAAAUGGGUGGUCCGAAAUUUAAACAUUAAUCAUAAUGGUCAUCCAUUAACCACCCCAAAUCGGGUAAAGAAGCACUACUCACAUCGGACACUUCAUCGAGCUCAAUCGACAAAAAGGUUGAUAGAUACUAUUGACAAUCAAGGUUUACGACCUUCUACCAUUUGUAAGGUUUUAGACGUUGCUCAUGGAAAUGAACAAGGCUCUCUCACUCAACAAGAAUGCCAAGCACAACUUAGACUUAAACGAAGAAACAACGUCGGCCAUGAGUGCGUGAACAUAGUUCGUCAAUUUCAAGAGAAAAAGGUAUCUGAUCCUCAAUUUUACUUCGCACUUGAUUUAGAAAAUGAUGGGACGAUGAGAAGUGUUUUUUGGAUGGAUGGUAGGUCGAGGACUUCUUACUUGCAAUUUGGAGAUGUUGUUUGCUUUGAUGUUACAUAUAGAACGAACAAUUUAAAAUUGCCGUUUGCACCAUUUACGGGCGUUAACCAUCAUCGACAGUCUACUCUAUUUGGGUGUGCGUUACUGGCCGAUGAAACGGAGGAGACGUUUAUAUGGUUAUUUAGCCAAUGGUUAAAAUGUAUGUCGGGUAUAGCACCAGUAACAAUCAUCACUGAUCAAGAUAAAGCUAUGUGUGGUGCUAUUCACAAAGUUUUUCCUAAAACUCGCCAUCGCUUUUGUUCUUGGCACCUUCGUAGGAAUGCCUUACAAAAUCUUCAAUCAAUGCAUAAUGAUUAUGGUGAGGAUGUUGGUGUAAAGUAUAACAAAUGGUAUUGGAGUAAAUCGGAAGAAAAAUUUGAAAAGCGUUGGGAAGAAAUGAGGGACAAAUAUGGUGCAGAUAAAAGGAGUUGGUUAGUAAAUUUAUACAAUCAUCGAGAUCAUUGGGCUCCAGUGUAUCUUAAAGACACUUUUACUGCAGGAAUGACAUCUACUCAGCGGAGUGAGGGAAUUAAUGCUUUUUUUGAUCAUUUUGUGAAUGUAAAUACCGAGUUACAUGAUUUUGUUAAGCAGUAUGAUAAUGCUGUCAGAGCUCGCCGAGCCGCUGAACUUGAGCAAGAUUUUAAGUCCACAAACUCAGUUCCUACAUUGAUAAUUGAACAUCCCAUUGAAAAACAAGCUCGGGAGAAUUAUACGAAGAAUCUGUUUACUAUCUUUCAGAAAGAACUCAAGGAUAGUUACUCCAUGCUUCAUGAAGGAGUAGAUAAAGAAAAUGAACAUAACGACAAUGGAAAUGAGAGCAUUACUAGCAAUAAGAUGCCUACUUCAUCCAUACUCAUCUCUGUAGAGGAAGCAACUCAAAUCACUAUUCGUGAUCCAGAUAAGCCUAUUGCCACGAAGGGACGACCAACACAAGCUACCAGAAUUAAGUCCGGAAUUGAGAUAGCACAAGAAAAGAGUAAAAAAAACAAAGAUUUUGUGGAUUUUAUGAAAAAUGUUACAGGUGGUGAUCGAGAAAGGUAA